AUGCCAAUCAGCUUCCAACCUCCGUCGAGCGCGGCCGCUAGCCUUCGAAGUGAACCCUUGCUGAGUCCGCCACGGUCACACAACAGCUCUGAAGAUGUUCCAUUCAAGGCGGAUGAUGAUGAUCGAAUCAGCCUCAACAUGAAAAAAAGGAAGGGUCACCGACAUGGACGCCAGCGACCGUUUCCAGAACCAGCAAUCGAUUCAAGCAACGGUUCUGGUGGUGCCAAAUACCGCAGGCCACGCAGCAGCCGAAAGACAGGCCCUGAGUCCUCGUGCCUCCCUUUUCGAAGAGUUCAGUCCCAGCCAUCCAUCGCGCCUCGGUCUGUAGUCGGGAGUGUCGAAUUGUCCUCGAACCCGAAAUCCCGAGCACGACGAUGGACAGUUUCUUCCAAGGCGGUUUCAACCCGAGCGCUUGCCACCGUCGUCCCUAUCGAGACAGCCGUCUCUAAACGCUCUUCCAAGGGCAAGUCGUCCUCAAGUCCUGCCAUGAUUACCCUCCGCCGCGCAACGUCAGUUGGAGCUCAGCACCGACUGUCACUAACGUCCUUUCCGCCCCCAACAUUCGGCCGUAAGAGCAGCGGCUUUCUGUCGACCAUCCUCAACACAAUCACGACCCGACACUCUGACGCUGCUGCUGCGGCUUCGGAGACGAGCGAGCGACCAGGCACACCGAAAUCCGCCUCCAUCAGCAACAGCAGCAGCGAGGUGCGCCCGAGUACGAGUACUAUUGCCCCCCCAGUUCGCACUGAAGUGGUCACUGUAGAACCACAGCUCUCGUUUCCAGGGCAGGCUUUUACUACGCAGACAGUUCGUCGGUGCUCUACCAGGUACAUCUCAGACGACGGAAUGCAUGAGAUCAUCUGGGACCCGAACUCAUCGACUACCACCUCUGAGGGCGCGGCUCCGACUCCGCAGAGUAGAGAAUGGGCACUAGCCAGCCGCGAUCACGGUGAGACAGAAAGCCUGGAAAGGCGGCUCUCCAGAGUUCUCAUGCAGUCCCGAAGAGCUUCCGUACAGGGGGAAGCAAGCCGUCGAGGAUCUUACUGGCCGGGCUCUGAGAUGAGAUAUGCGCAGGGGUUGUUUGAUCUGCUUGAUAGUCCCAAACUCGCCAGGCUUGCACAAGAAACGGCAUUUCGAAGUCUACCUCGUUCCAAAGGUUCGAGGAUGACCCUGGCUCCGGUCACGGCGGAAAUGAAUAUCACUCAACAGAUGGUGAUCGAUCCACAGGGGCCGCAAGCAGAAGACGGGGGCGUGGAGUUCUUCCCUCCUCUCCGCAGUCGGUCGAACACGACUGGAAGCCGGGAACUGCAUGAUACUUUCCCUGGAUGGCAUGCGCAGGGAGGGGAGGCGUCUGAGCACCCGGGCAUGGCCGUCCAGGACAGCUCAGACGACAAGACAGGCUGGAGCUGGGGCAGAAGAAGGAGCAGCUACGGCGGAAUGAUUGGACUCGGCAGGCAUGCGAAGCGAAGGAGUAUCUCGGCUGGUCCGCAACUUUGCAAGACGACGAUCGAAGAAGGCAUCGGUGCUGUCGAAGGAAGCCAAUACAGAUUCCAUGAAAGUGAGCUGGCUGAUGAUGACACUGUACCGCUCCUGGGUGCCACUUGA